AUGAGUCCCCUACUGAUGUUACUGAUAGUCUUUGGGCUCUGGAGGCUGGACAUGUUUGGACAAGGUGCCCUUGGCUAUGUUGAGGAAUGGAUGGAGAUUGCAACAGAUGCUAUUAUGACUGAUGAGAUGGAUGAAGUGGACAUGACAAUGGAAGCUUUGAGGAUGCCAUCCUCACUAUGCUCAUAUGGGACCUCACUAAAGGUGCCAUUGUAUUCUCUAGCGGGGAUGACAGACACUCCAUUUGGUGUGGAGAGAAAGACCCAGUGGGUAAAUGCAUGCAGACUUGAUACUGUUCCCUGGGAAUGUGGAGAUGGAGAGGGUCACUUGGAAGAGGAGGAGUGGACUGGAAGGAUGUUUGUGUUGAGGAUUGAGAGGUACUUUGUUGAGGGUGUCUUUAAGGUAAUAUUGGCAGUAUGGUGCAUGUUUUUGUUCGUACAUGCUUGA